CGAGAGCAUUGUGGGGCAGGUUUGGGCGCAGCACAGCCUCUACUCAAAACAUUCCCGUGCAUACGUCUCUCACAAAGCGAGAAUCUGUUUGCGCAUCCAUUGGGACAAGUAGACCUUCACUGUAAACGACGACAUCCAAGACGCUGGACGUCGAGCGAGACUGACGAGCGAAAGACAUCGUGCAGCUUACCAAGCAGCCACAGAAGCACAACAUUGUUUCAGCGAGCAACAUCAAGGGCGCCGUCGAAAGUUUCACUGGGGACCUACUUCGGAACAGACCGCCCGGCGCCAUCGACACGCUGCUCGAUAAUUCAAGGCAUCUUGCACGUUGAGUCACAGCCGGCAACAUGUCGUGGAAGCUUACAAAGAAGCUGAAAGAGACCCAUCUCGCACCUCUUGCCAACACCUUCUCCCGAUCAUCCUCCCAAUCUACCAUCACAUCCGAUGCUGCCGCAAAGCCAUCGUCGGCCGGCUCGACACCCGGCACGCAGACACCCACCAGCCAGACAUCCACUGCACCGAGUAGCAAUGGCUCGGACGCACAGGGCAUUGCUGCUUCCGAACAGAUGAUCUCACCACCUGUAGCGCCAGCCAGACCUGGCAUUCUCAUCUUGACGCUUCACGAAGGACGAGGCUUCAGCCUUCCGCCUGGCGCGGAAGCAGCAUUUCAACGACCUGGGCACGGUGGCAGUAUGAGCACCGGCAGCUUUGGCGGAAGCUACAUGGGCAACAGCGCACGACCAGGCUCAGCACAGAUGCCGCAAGGCAGCUACAGGCCGGGAUCAGCGACGGGAGGCGGCAUCAACGCUGUCCCCUCAAGCCACGGAAGAUACAGCAGCAAAUAUCUGCCGUACGCGCUUGUCGACUUCGACAAGCAGCAAGUCUUCGUCAACGCCGUUUCUGGGUCACCUGAAAACCCAGUGUGGGCCGGCGAAAGCACACAGUACAAAUUCGACGUCAGUCGGUCAACUGAACUGAACGUUUCUCUAUACAUCCGCAACCCGAGCGCACCGCCCAACACCGGGCGACAGCACGACAUUUUCAUCGGCACUUGCAGGAUAACGCCGACCUUCAGCGAAGAUGCGCAAUCAGGCGCUGCACAAUCACAGCCGUCUGCGGACGGCAAAAGUGCUAAGAAGGACAAAACCAUGCCUCCUCCACCAGCGAACAACGGCGCCAGCUCCGGAGUACGAUGGCAAGAUAUACAGUACGGCACAGGUGCAGUACGAAUAGGCGUCAAGUUCGUGGAGAACCGACAACGUUCACUCAAAAUUGAGGACUUCGAGCUGCUGAAGGUGGUCGGUAAAGGCAGUUUCGGCAAGGUGAUGCAAGUAAAGAAGAAGGACACCCAGCGCAUCUACGCCCUGAAGACGCUCCGGAAACAGCACAUUAUCUCGAGAUCUGAAGUUGCACACACUCUGGCCGAGCGGUCCGUGUUGGCGCAGAUCAACAACCCUUUCAUCGUCCCGCUCAAGUUCUCCUUCCAGUCGCCGGAGAAGCUGUAUCUGGUCCUGGCAUUCGUGAAUGGCGGCGAGCUGUUCCACCACUUGCAGAAGGAGCAGCGCUUCGACAUUAACAGAUCGCGAUUCUACGCUGCGGAGCUCCUGUGCGCGCUAGAGUGUCUACAUGGCUUCGGCGUCAUUUAUCGCGAUCUCAAGCCCGAGAAUAUUUUGGUAGAUUACGUGGGCCAUAUUGCACUCUGCGACUUCGGUCUGUGCAAGCUAGACAUGAAGGAUGAAGAUAAGACCAACACGUUCUGUGGGACGCCGGAGUAUCUUGCGCCAGAGCUCCUGCACGGACAGGGAUAUACUAAGGCGGUGGAUUGGUGGACGCUGGGCGUGUUACUCUACGAGAUGUUGACAGGGUUGCCACCCUUCUACGAUGAGAACACGAACGAAAUGUACCGCAAGAUUCUCGCCGAGCCUUUACACUUCCCAGGACCCGAGAUCGUCCCACCAGCCGCGCGCGACCUUCUUACGCGCCUCCUAGACCGGGAUGCCAGCCGCCGUCUCGGCUCGAACGGCGCUGCGGAGAUCAAAGCGCAUCCAUUCUUCCAUAGCAUCGACUGGCGCAAGCUGCUAGACCGAAAGUACGAGCCUAGCUUCAAACCCAACGUGAUGGACGAGCUGGACACGGCGAACUUCGACAAAGAGUUCACGAGCGAGGCGCCGACGGAUAGUUAUGUGGAGGGACCGAUGUUGAGCCAAACGAUGCAGCAGCAGUUUGCUGGGUGGAGUUAUAACCGGCCCGUUGAGGGCUUGGGCGAUGCGGGUGGGAGUAUCGUGCAAGGGAAUGCUUUUGACCAGCGGUGAGAUGCGCCGCUCGGGACCGCGCGGGAGUGGAAGCAAGAGCUUUCCGCACAGUAGAUGAGCAGCAUUACGCCGUAGCCACAUUCGGUAUUGAUAAUGUUGUGAAGAGAGAAAUCAAGCCAGAGUAUCCUGGUGAUAUGACUAGCACAG